AUGGCCGUCUUCUUCGCCCCCAACGCACCCUGCCGCCACCAACCACCCUCACUGGACCUCUCUUCUGUCGCCAGCCCGCCUCCUGCUUCCCAAUCCGCCAGCGUCUCUGCUACUGCGGCUGCUUUUACUACCGGGUUUCCGGUAUCCCAUGAAGCAUCCCCCGUUGCUUUUGCCUCCAAUGCUGCUCUCCAUCGUGCGUUGAAGCGACCAAGGGACGACUCGCCCACGCUGGGCGCACAGUCACCGCUGCUAGGUGGUCGUGAGAGCUGGUUGGUGCAACGGGGGUUGCUGCGACGCGGGGUGGUGCGAGGAGGGGUAGUGCAAAGUGGGGUGGUGCGAGGCGGGGUGGUGUGUAACACGGAGCGCUGGCAUCAGUCAGUGGCAGAGGAGUUUGAGCAGCAGGGGGAGAGCAGCGGCGUGCAGCAGGCAUCAGAAGAAGCCCUGCUGGAGGCGCUGCUGCUGCAGGAGGAGCAUCGCCAGCAGCAGCACGGAGGAGCGAGGAGCAGGGCGCAGCGGGUGUUGUGGCCGCGUGUUGGGUCGGAGAGUGCCCUUUCAGACGACGUGCUGCUGGGGUGCAGCAGCAACGACCCUGCCUUCAUCCAGCGCUCUGCUCUUUUGGCCCCUCCGCCCACCACCCAGCCACACGCAGCGCUGGCAGCGCCACCGCCGCCCCAGCUCGCUGGCCUGUCUGGCUCCGCUCCCUGCAUUGGGGAUUUCGCAGUGCAGCCUGUGCAGUGGCUCCGCGUUGGGUCGGAGAGCGCCCUUUCAGACGACGUGCUGCUGGGGCUCUGCUGCGAGGAGGGCCCUGCCUCUGCGCAACUUGCUGCUCUCUCUGCUCCUCCGCCCACCCAGUCACUCGCAGCACCAAUGCCCUUGCCGAUCGCUGGUCUGCCUGGCCCAGCUCCUGGCAGCACGAGCAGGUGCCUUACACCGAUGCUUGCUGGGAGUACGUGUGGCACACAGGAGCAAGAAUACGUGGAUGCAUGCAUUAACAUGCUCACCAACAUAAACAACACUGACAACAAUGCCAUCACUAACAGCAAUGACAAGCACAGUGACAAGCAGAGUGACAAGGACAUCAGUGCUCUCUUUCUCGACACGCCCCUGGCUCACGUGCUGCUGGGUGGGAGUCCCCUUGCCAUGCCCCUUGCAAGUGGUCCUCAGGUUGAGGGGCCACCGCACCAGUCACAGCUGCAUUCACAGCCGCUGCCACAGAUACUCCCAAAGCUAUUCCCAAAGCAACUCUUACAGCUACCGACACCAGCGCCUGGGCUGUCUGUGCCUUGUCAACAUCCAAGGGCGCCAUUGAACGCGCACUCAACCCCAAGAGGGGCGCACAUGCAAGCCCCCAUACAGCCACGCCCGGCCAUGCUGCAGCAGCCUUUCCCCACUGGUGCUCUAUCGGCUCUCUGCAGCCCCAUACUCCCUCCGUUGCCUGAGAUGACUGUUACAUCAGGAGGCAACGGCAUGCCCUGA